AUGGUCGACUGCCUACUAGGCAGUCCAUGGGGAAAGGAUGAGGGUGAGGGAAAUUAUAAUUUCGACGACGAUAUGAAAGUGAUAAAAGUUGUUGUCAAUGGCGUGGAGCAAAAUUACAUUUUAUAUGCUGGCAACGUCAUUCAGUCAAUAACGAGCAACAACAGUGGCUGUAGUUCGACACAAAUUGGAACCGAUGGUUGCGCCACCUGCAUCGGUAUAGCACUGUUUUUUCGAAAUCAAAAUGAUAUGCGACAAUGUUUAUUAAUACAUUUUGGCUAUGGGGAUGAGUAUUGUAAAGUCAAGUUCGAUAAACAACCUAAAGAAUCCGUGCCGAUAUUGAUAGAAACGAUACGACAAGACUUAAUAAAGAAAAAUAUCGACACAAGCAUAAUUCAAAUUGAAAAUUUUUUUAUUUUUGGUGGUGCAUCAGAUGAUGAUGAAAUGCAGAACUUUAUUGGCGAAUUUAAAGCUGCGCGUGAUUCACUAAAAAAUCAAGCAGUCCACUCAACUUCUGCCCAGAAUAUAUUCAUGAUCUCAUUGUUAUGUGUAACGUUGAUCGUGCCAUCAUACGCACUCCAAAUGAGAGAUGAUGAAGAUGAUCAUCUUUUAUCAUAUGUAAACGCCUAUAUCGACGUAGUGAACAACUUCAUUAUAUUACAAUACGUUUUUCCUAUUGAUAUAGCAGGUAAUCAAGGUCUGGAUGAAUUUAUGUACCUGAUUCAAAAAUUUAAAUUAACACUAAAUUCAAAUUAUGAACAAUACGUCGAAUGUAUCAACGAUAAUAAGCUGUGUGGUUUACUGAAGAUGCCGGUGUUCACAAAUACACAAAAAGCACGUGUCCUCGAUUUACUAUAUUUAAUUGGAUUUCAUAGUACUGAUCCAAGAUUUAAAAAUAAAGUUAACAAAGUUACGACACAAAUCGAAAAUGAAUUAUCAUAA